AUUUUGUUUUUUCCAAAAAUUCCCAGGAAUAUAAGAUGCGUUUGAGCUGGUGGGUCUUCUCUAUGUUGUAUAGAUAUAAAUAUAAAUAUAUAUACAUAUAUAUAUAUAUUAAUGAGCGUCCGUCUUGUGUUAUUUGACAUUUUUCUUCAUGAGUUUGAGACAAUGUAUAUCAUUUAUUUGUGUUUUCUGCAUAGACAAAGCAUUUAGAAAUUCUCAUAUCGUCUUUCUGUUUUGAUUCGGUCUGAGGUUUCAGUCAUAUUCAUCUUUUUUUCAUUUUUUUGUUCUCUCAAAAAAAAAAAGAAGAAGUGUAGUGUUGAUUAACUUUUAGAAUUUUGAUAACUUUUAUUAGAUGAGAUUCUUCCUUUCUUCAUGGUAGGCAUAGCUUAGGCAUAAAGUUUUCAUCUUUGAGUAUGUAUCACCCCAAAGAAGAAAAAAAGUUCCCUCUUUAGGUUAUGACCAGGAUGUUUUUCACUCCCGGUCGGUUUUGAGGGGUUUUUUACCUUCUUUUCUACCCUUCUCUAGUUUCAUGACUACAUAUUUUGUCUUCUAAAGCUGGAGAAAAAGUACUCUGGAAAAACAGCAUCAAACAUUCUUAAAGAUGAGGUUGGUAAGGAUGACAUUAAGAAACAAGCUUCCCUGUAUCCUUCUAAUUCUGCUGAAGAUUUGAGGAGUUUAGAUAUGGAAAAAGGGAAACAAGAUGCAACAUCUCCAAGAGGAGUUUUAGAUGCUUGUGACUCCAGAACUAACAAAUUUUUUGGUGAAAACAGUAAACUGAAGUUUUCAAUAUCGAGGGGAGUUUUCUAUUGGAAUAAGCUAUUCAAAUUAUGGAAUAGAAAGUCUAUUAAGCGCUUAGCCUCCUUUCCUCCUGUUAAUGUACCAAAAACACCAAAAAGAAAGAGCAGAAGUGCAAGAGAAAAUCCAUUAUUUUGUACCUUAUAUGACUUCAAGACUUCAUUGGUCAACUUCACCAUUUCUGAACUACAAGCUGCAACCAACAACUUUAGUGCUGAAAACAUGAUCGGAAGGGGUGGCUAUGCCGAAGUUUACAAGGGUUGCCUGAAAAAUGGACAACUAAUAGCAGUAAAACGGCUGACUAAAGGAACAGCAGAUGAGAAAACAUCAGGUUUUCUAUCCGAACUUGGCAUCAUAGCUCAUGUAAACCAUCCCAACACUGCUAAGUUGGUUGGUAGUUGUGUUGAAGAAGGAAUGCACCUUAUUUUUCAAUUAUCACCACUUGGGAGUUUGGGGUCCUACCUCCAUGGUUCAAAUGAUAACAUACUUGGUUGGAAAGAAAGGUAUAAAAUUGCUUUGGGAACAGCAGAUGGUCUUCUGUAUCUUCAUGAGAGUUGUCUGAAAAGAAUUAUACACAGAGACAUCAAGGCUGAUAAUAUUCUGCUCACUGAGGAUUUUGAACCUCAGAUUUGUGAUUUUGGGCUGGCAAAAUGGCUACCUAAACAAUGCUCUCACCACAGUGUCUCUAAAUUUGAAGGGACAUUCGGCUACUUUGCUCCUGAAUAUUUCAUGCAUGGAAUAGUAGAUGAGAAAACUGAUGUUUAUUCUUUUGGGGUUCUGCUCUUGGAGCUCAUAACUGGCCGUCCAGCAUUGGAUAAUCUGCAAAAGAGCCUUGUUAUUUGGGCAAAGAAAUUUCUUGAUGAUGCAAAUACUAAGGAGCUUGUUGAUCCUUCUCUUGGUGACAACUAUGUCCCAGAAGAGAUGGAUAGGAUGAUUUUGACUGCCUCAUUGUGCAUCGAGCAGUCUCCCAUCUUACGACCUCGAAUGCGCCAGGUUAUAGUACUGCUCAGAGGUGAUGAGUAUGAUUCUCAAUCAGAAAAAGAGUGUAAAAAAGGAACCCUCCAAAGAACAUACUCAGAAGAGCUCUUGGAUGCACAAGAAUACAACUCAACAAAGUAUCUAAGUGAUAUGAACAAACACCAACAGGUUGCUUUCGGCUCUUGAAAUCAAAAUAUUAUUUAAUGAUGUGGACUUGUUACUUGUAACAAACAGUUCAUACUUCAUAUUGAUAUAGAUUAGGGAGUGUUUGGUAGCAAGUCCCUUGGAAAUUUGGUCAUUGAACAUUGUUUUCCAUGGCAAUUGUUUUCGAGUUCCAUGUGAAACACUUUUUGGAGUGAGUUUGUUUCCAAUGGACACCCAAACGCCUUACCUGUAUUGGUAUUUAUGUGUAUAAGCUUCUGUUUGUAUAGAUUGAAAUA